AUGGUUGCUGGUUUAUUAUUUCUAGUCACAUUUACAAUAAUUAGUUCAUCUCGCGACAGACUACUGACGUAUAAUCACCAGGAAAGAAGAGUUGAUAUUUACCGUGAGGCUUCAGAACCUGAACGACAGUUAGAUAUGAAAAUUGAAGAAACUUUCCAAAACAAGAUCAGAAAUGACCUUGAAGAUAAGUUCUGGUUAGCCGAUACCUCAAUCCAACCUCACGCUCAUAUAAAUAUACCCCAAUAUUAUGACACUAGGAAAAAUUACCAGCAAGAAAAGCCAUUGCUCCAACCAUUUGAUCCCAGAUUCACUUUAGGGUUGUAUUAUUAUUACAUUAAUGAAGAAAUGAAUAGGAACCCCCUUGCUACGCAAAUAGAAAUUCCUUUCAAUUGGUACGAUUGGAUAGACAUGUCGGAAUUGAAUAAAUAUCUCUUAGCUCCAAGACAUCAAAAACCAAAUUGUCAUAUCUUGGAUUCUGAUGCUGAUGCACACAAAAUCGAAGAAAGAAAGAAAAAAGUGGCUAUAAGUAAAUUGCUGGAGGAGGAAAAGAAGAGAUUAUUCGAAGAUUAUGCUCGAUAUGAAAAGGAAAGGAUGGAUGAAAUGAGGAGACUUGAAGAAGAACGGAGAAAAGAGGAGGAAAGAGAAGAGAAGAUAUCAGAAGAAAGAAAAAAGCAAAUUGAACAAGAAGAUCAGAAUAGAAAGAACUUGGAAAAGUUACGAGAAAUACAAGAAGCUAGAGAAAAAGCUAGAAACGAAGGGAAAGAAGAAGAAAAUAAACAUAAACAAUCUGAAAAGGAUAAGGAACAGUUGCAACAGAUACAACAGGAAAAUUCUAACAAAUCUCCUGAUGAUACUAAAGACAACCCCCAAGAGAAUAAAGCUCAAAAGGAUUCGGAUAAAACUCCUCCAGAAGCCCAAAAGGGGGACCAAAUUGUACUCAAUAAACCUGAAAAGCGAGACAAUCUUGGUAAACGAGAUGAAAACUUGGACGAGCCAAAACUUGGCAAGAGAGACCUUCACAGUUUUGGAAAGCGGGAUGAAAGAUUUGACUUGUUACAGCCAGUUCCAGGCGAUAGAAUCGUUCCAAUAGUGGAAACUUUCUGUGUUAAUGAUAUCAAAUUGCCUUAUAAACACAAUGAUGGUCACAGAGUUCAUCCAGGGUUCAAUGUAUUUUUACCACCAGGUAAAACAACCCAACAAAGAGCUAAGCUUGCAGGCAGAUCAUAUAUGUAUUCGUUUGCUCCUCCUCCGAGUCUGGUAUUGUUCUUAACUAAAGAAGGUUCGUAUUCUGUUGGAAUCAAAUCCAACAUCAAGCUUUUGGACAAUGGUAUUCCUGAAUCAUAUAUCCAAGAACAUGGAAAUACCAAAUUAAACGUUCUUACUGAAUAUCAUAAAUUGAAAAAGAAUCAUGCACCUGAUACCCAUAAAGUUAUCAAUGAUUAUGAAAUCCAUAUCCCAGAAGAUAGUUUCAAAGUCAAUUUCGAUGCCAUCAUUAUGGGCUACCAAAGGAAAUUGAACCGUGGACAACUGUUGACUCCAAAGGAACAAAAGUAUUUUGAGAGUUUGAAAUAUUCCGUACAUAAAGUUCAAACUGAUGGGCCAACUAAAUACUUGGAAGAAUCAAGAUUAUUAAACACUUUGUUAGGUGAUCAUUAUGAUUGGAGAUUCUUUUCUGGUGUUAUGUAUGGUACUACUGAAUUGGAAUUAACAUUACAUAGAAUGAUUAGAGCUUGGUUAUCAUUUACCAGAAAAACAGGUAUCACCACUUGGAUAGCCCAUGGUUCUCUUUUAUCGUGGUACUGGAAUGGGUUAGCUUUCCCAUGGGACAAUGAUAUUGAUGUUCAAGUUCCAAUAUUGGAUCUCCAUAAGUUGUCCCUAGAAUACAACCAAACAUUAGUGGUUGAAGACCCUGAAGAUGGCUAUGGUAGAUAUUUCCUUGAUUGUAGUACUUUUAUCACUCAACGUGAAAAGGGUAAUGGACAAAAUAAUAUUGAUGCAAGAUUUAUUGACAUUGACACUGGGUUGUAUAUUGAUAUCACGGCUUUGGCUGUUUCCAACACUGAACCUCCUAAGGAUUAUGAAGAAAUGUUACCUUAUACCUUCCAAAAAAAUGAGGAGGAUUACACGGCGCAAAACUCGUUAUUACAACUUUACAACUGUCGUAACAAUCAUUUUUCAUCAUAUGAAGAACUUUCUCCAUUGAUUAAAACUUCAGUUGAAGGUGAAAUUGGUUAUAUUCCUCAACGAUACCCAUCUAUCCUUGCCCGUGAGUAUCCAACUGGUAUGACAUCACAUAGAUUCUUGGGUCACAUUUUCGUUCCAAGACUAAGAUUAUGGGUCAAGGAAGAAGAUUUAUUCUAUUUCCUUAGAGAUAGAGCCAAGUGGAAUAGAUAUCAUAGUUAUAAUGAACGUGCAGGUGAAGAUCCUGACCAUACACCAUUCUUGGAUUUCUCAUAUUACAUGACUGAGGAUGAAGUUGCUAAAUUGAAUAGAGAUAGAUCAGAAGGGUACAAGAGUCUUCAACAACGUUCGUUCCCAUACUUGAAUGGUGAAGAAGUUCAGCGAGUGAUUAGAAUGAGUGAUAAAGAUCUUCUAGAUUUCCUUAGAAAAGAUGAAGUUUUAAUUCAAUAUUACAAGUAUCGUGCAUUCACUAGUUUCCAUGAACAGGAAAUCAUGAGGUUGACUUUUGGUAAGUCAACCGCCAAUUUGAUGGCUAACCUGCCCGAUUUCCCACCUAUCAAGUAUGAACCAUUUGCAUAUAGGUUGAAGAAUGACUUGGAUAGUUAUGAUGAAAGGAUCAGUAGAUCACUUGCAUUAGAAGCGGCAUAUAAACAGGGAGACGUAAGGGUUUCCAGUAGGGUUCAAGAAGAUAUAUUUGAAUAUCUCAAUUAA